AGUUAUAACUAUUUUUUCAAAAUAAAAGUCCUUGGCUAUGGCGACAUAAGCUACCGGAGCCAAAAUUUGAUAACGGCAUGCGGUAGAAGUAAGUAAACUUCCUACAGCACCUGGAAAUGCUAAUAAUUUAAAACAACUCGCUGAUUUAUUUUGAUUUUAAACCCGUAAAUUAUUAAGGGAAAUGUAAAAACAGAUUUCCGUUGAGAGUUCUUGGUGUCUGGCUUCACAGUGUGUAUCUAUGGGAAUCCACCAGCAGCGACACAAACACACACCGCAGGCGAGGAAGAAACCAUAGCGAUACAACCCUUGCGUACUUUAAAAACCAUGUCCAUCAGUGUGUUUCUGUUAACCACCUGAAAACGCUAGUGUGCUGUCUACAAAAGGGUAACCGUUGUAUUAUAUGAUAGUGGUUUAUGAGGCCGGCAGUCGUACAGUAACGCACUGAAUGGCGAAGAAAAGAGCGAGACGCGGCUAGUCUGAAGCUGCGACUCCAGCAGCCGAACAAGAUGAUGCGACGUCAGUGGGUUUAUGGUCAAAUCUGCGGCUAAAUUAAUGUGUACUGAUGGUUAAAACACUGUAGUGGCGAUAUUCAUCAAUCUCUUACAGGAUACGACUAACGUUAGUUAGCUGGCAGUAAAUCAGGUGAAACUGAAAGGGUGUUGUUGUUAGCUGGGCCAAAUCGUCACAUUUCUUUACUCCAGCCUAUUUUGAUCCGGACAGUUGGGAUCUUUUCUAACAGACAAAAUGGCAACAGGCUCCAGUUUUCAUUCCGGAGGAAGUGGGUCUAGAAACGGACCCUCUUUCGCAUCACCAUCUUCCUCCUCUGGAGUGCCAGGACAGGCUCAGCCGAUGGCGGUGGUUUGGGAAUGGCAGGAUGAUCUGGGCUUCUGGAGGCCCUACACUGGACAGGUGUGCAGCUACAUCGAGCAGUGUCUCCAGCAUCAGAGAGGAGCAGCGACCGCCAGCAGCAGCAGCAGCAGCAGCAUCUGUCUGGCACAGGCAGACCCCAGCCUGUCUGCGUACAUCAUCGACAUCCCCAACCUCAAACAGUUCAGACAGGACACCGGAAAGACGCGUGCUGUGCGGCGAUCCCUGUUCCCGCAGUCUUCUGCCCUGGGCAGUGGUGUUCUUUGGGAGUGGGCCAAUGAUGAAGGAGGGUGGACGGCGUACGAAAUCCGAACCUCCAUUUUACUGGAGCACAGCUACCAGGCAAGGCAGGCCACAGCUGACCUGAGCUCACAGGGCUACAACUACAUUGUGGACCUCACCGCUCUGGAGCAAGUCAACAAGACCUCUAGCUACAGACGGCGCGUCAGGCGGCAAGGCAGCAUGCCGUAUCCUCUCACCUCUGGGUCGGUUAUUCACUCAGGCCCGGCCUGUACCUGUCACCAGUGCGUGAGCAACAGCAGCACCGCCGGACCCAUGCUGAGCCGGUCACGGCAUUCGUUCUCCGCGGGGCAGGCCAACAGGCCCAGUCUCCAGACGCAGCAUGGAAGACUUCCUGGAGCCAGCUCCUCUUCAGCCUACUCGCCCUACCCCAGAAGACCUCUGUCGAUGGGAUCCCUGUUAUGGAACUACCCAUGGAGCACCCCCACCUCAGUGGCUCAUCCUACAGGACCGCCACAGGCUUUUGGUCACCAUGCAAAUGGCUUAAGCAUCCCAACCAUCCCUCUACACAUGAACGGAUCCAGUAGUGUGAACUCGGCGCUGGCAGGCAUGGCUUCCAUUUUGAUGUCAGCUGCAGGACUGGGAGUUCGCUUCAUGACCGCCCCCUUCUCCCAGCGUGGCUCCAGCAGGCCCACCAAAGGCCAGCCCAGCUCCGUUAAGAGGGCAAAGAGACAGUCCAGGACAGCUCCUGCUCAGAAAUCAGAGGAAGUCAUUAAGAAAUACAUGGAGGAAGUGCCUGUGGUUCCAGAUGAGGACUGUAUUAUCUGUAUGGAGCGCCUGGCCUGCCCGUCUGGUUAUGAGGUCCCAGCUGAGUGCUCUCAGUCUCUUCAGCCCAACACUGUGGGCAAAUUCACAAAAUGUGGUCACACCUUCCACAUGCUCUGCAUGCUGGCCAUGUACAACAAUGGAACAAAGGACGGGAGCCUGCAGUGCCCCUCAUGUAAGACAAUCUAUGGAGAGAAGACUGGCACCCAACCAAAGGGUAACAUGGAUAUCUACAGUAUUCCUCAGUCUUUGCCUGGACAUCCAGACUGUGGCACUAUACAAAUCAUUUACAACAUCCCGCCCGGAAUACAGGGUCCUGAGCACCCAAACCCAGGCCAGCCGUAUACGUGCAGAGGAUUCCCUCGCUUCUGUUUCCUUCCUGACAAUGACAAAGGCAGAAAGGUGCUGGAGCUGCUGAAGGUGGCGUGGACACGGCGCCUCAUCUUCACCGUGGGCACUUCCAGCACCACAGGGGAGCCUGACACCGUCAUUUGGAACGAGAUCCACCACAAGACGGAGAUGAUGUCCAACGUCUCCGGCCACGGCUACCCUGACCCUAACUACCUGGACAAUGUGCUUUCAGAACUGGCGUCACAGGGUGUGACGGAGGACUGCCUGAAACGAGACGCUCAGAGCCAAGGGGCUCAAGGUUCAGGCAUGUGAAACAGACCACUCCAUCUGCUGUAGAUCUAAUAAAACUUGACGAAAAGGAAAAACUAGAGUUACGAUGUUUGGCUAGAGGUUUGGAUGUAUGCGAAUGCGCAAGGGUUGGCGGCAACUUCCUUCAUCCGGCUGAGUCUAGAAUAUUAACGCACACAUGGGGUCACUGGCUUGUGGUCAUCUUUACAUUCACCGUAUUGUGAGGCAGCUAUAGAUGGUUCUGCAGGAAUAGCUCUGUUUUAGAUUGACGCCCGAAUCUUGAGCCAAGAGGAGACUCGUCCUCUUUCAUCAAUUUUGGCAUUCAUCUCAAAAUAUGAUUGAUCAUAGGGCUGUGAUGUCCUUCCUGACGCACUACAUUACAGUAGAGCACCUGCGACAAUGAUCUUCAUACUAUUUCUGGGAUUGGGAAUCGAUACAAUAUUUCUUUAAAAGCAUACACAUACGAAGCCACAAAUUUGCACAUCAAUGCAAAUCAUAGAUCUUUACUAGUACUGUAAAAUGUACUGCUUCAGAAAUUAAAGGCACUUUUUUCAGAAUCUGCAGCUAUGAAUUUAGUUCUUAUUGUUUUAAAAGGUUUUUAACCUGUCAGAUUUGGUGAUGCCGUUCACUUGCUGCUAUAUUAUUUUUUUUUUAUUCCGAUCAAAAGGGACUUAAUUUUUGUCUUGAUUCCAUGUAAUACGGUUUCUAUGGUAGCUUGUUUCUACCACAGAAUAAAAGAUAUUUGCGACAUUUUAAUCUCACAAUUUUGACUUUUUUCUCGCAAUGUCGAUAUAAACAAUUGCGAGUUAGAAAGUCCGAAUUGCUGCAAUUUUCGCAAUUAAGACUUUUUUUCUUGCAAUUGCGAGUUUAUAUAUCACAAUUCUGACUUAUUUUCUCGCAUUUCUGACUUUUCUCAGAAUUGUGAGUUUAUAUCUCACAAUUCUGACUUUUUUUCUCACAAUAUCGAUAUAAACAAUUGCAAGUUAGGAAGUCAGAAGUUUACAUCACGCAAUUCUGAGGAAAAAAAAGUCAGAAUUGUGAGAUUAAAAAGUCGCAAUUACCUUUUUUAUUUUUUUAUUCAGUGGUGGAAACAAGUUUCCAUAGGUUUCUAUUGCAAUGAACCAUUUUUAUUCUUUUGAAUAUAUGUUCAUUUUAGCUAUUUAAAAAUGCAAGACUUUUAAAAGCUCAGCAACACUAUGUAAUGCUGUUUAAAAAAAUGUCAAUGCUUAUUUAAUUAUAGUCCAGAUCCUGAAAAUAGGUGUAGAAAUGCAAUUCCACACCAUUAUUAUUGAAUUGCAGUAUUAGAUGGUGCCACAGAGACAAUCAGCAGUGUUUGAUUAAGUUACAGUUCAUUACCACUGCUAGUCUGGAGACAUUCAUUCAUUCAUUCAUUCAUUCAUUCAUCAUUAUCUCCUAUUCCAUAGUAUGGGAUAUUUGGUUUUACAAUGUAUGCAACUGUAUAUAUAAAUAUAUAUUCAACUUCUAAUCAGCAAUAAACGUUACUCCAUAUAACAA